AAUGUGUGUGCAUUAGUGUACUGCGCGAUAAAAGUGUGCGUGAGUUUUUGCAAUCCGAUAAAAACCCAACCAAGUGUGUACGUAAUUUGUAUCCAUUAAAUAACUAAAUAAAAUGUUGCUCUAAUUUUUAAAAAUUAUUUAAAUAAAUAACAUUUUAUUUUAAACAUAAUAACCGUGGCAGUGUUAGUCCACGUGUUUAAUAAAAUACUGGAGUACCAUCCAUACUUAGACAUUUUAAAUUUCUAAAUCUAUAACAAAUUAACAAAACCGUUCACAACAUCAUGGAUCGGCGGAAAAUGUCAACAUCGGGAGAUUCCCUUUAUCAGAUACUAGAACUUCCUAAGACAGCAACUCCUGAAGAAAUUAAAAAAACUUAUAGAAAGUUAGCAUUGAAAUAUCAUCCUGAUAAAAAUCCUAAUAAUCCAGAAGCUGCUGAGAAGUUUAAAGAAAUAAAUAAAGCUCAUACAAUACUAACAGAUUUAACAAAAAGAAAUAUUUAUGACAAUUAUGGAUCCUUUGGUCUUUAUGUUUCGGAACAAUUCGGAGAGGAAAAUGUCAAUACAUACUUUUUAAUGACUUCUGGAUGGUGCAAAGUCAUAUUUGGUGUAUGUGCAAUCCUAACGGGUUGUUACUGUUGUUGCUGUUUCUGUUGCUGUUGCAACUUCUGUUGUGGUAAAUGUAAACCCGUACCACCGGCAGACAGUGGCGAUUAUCAUAAUUUACAGCAGGGCCAGAAUUCAGGUGAUCCUGCUAAUUCAGUUCAUGGUUCUCGUAAGGGCGAUGACAGUGAUGAGGAAGCAGUAACAAGUCAACCUACAAGUGGUGCAGCGCAAGGUUCUGCUUCAAAUACGGUAUUCGCUAUGCCACCACCGCCAUCAACAACUGCUAACGAAAGUACGAAUUUAAACAGCGGGGGAGAACGCGUAGUUUAUACCACCAGUAUGUCUUCUCGAUAAUAAUGCACGGCUGCACCUUCAAUUAUUUAUUUGUCUUUCAGUACCGCUUAAAUAGUUACGCACCAUAGAGGAAAGUGGGAUAUUCACACCCGGGUGUAGUUGCCUGCCCGAGCCUAAGACGAUUCCUACCUUCCUCUGUGGUGUCAUGUACAAUUUUUCUCCAGAUCUGCACCUGAAAGUUUUAAUUUUUGCAUGUUUAUCGGAAGAAUAAGAAAUUAGCAUGCGCUAAUUUUUAUCAUUCGUUUCCUCACAAAAGAAAAGAACGACUUUUUCCCCUCUAAACCGGGCAAGAAUAUGAACUUUCAACGCAGUUAUGGUGAAAAAUUUUUCUUUUAAAUCAAGUUAUUCACGGAUUUAUUUCUAAAUACCGCAUGGAUUUAAUUAGAUUUUUUUUUUCAUUGUAUAAAAAUUUUGAAAGACAUUAAAGUACCAAAGAAGGUGCUAAGUCAAUGACAAGUCCUAUCAUUUGAUAGGAUACGCUUAGUUGUGGUACGAUUAUUAUUAUUUGCCUCAGGAAUUUUUAUUUUUAUUUAUUAAAGUUGUCGGUUGACUAGCUAGUCAUAUUACCACGUGAAAUAUCAAUCAUUCUUCAGUCGAAAUAUUUUAAUAUUUAGUUACAAACAUAAAUUUAUGUUUUCUUUUAACUACAUCAAUUUCUCAUUUUAUUUUAUGUAAUUAGAGACAGCAGUAAUCGUAUUUUUUUACGAUAAAUUAUUUUUAUUUUUUUUUUUUAUUUUAUUUUUUUUAAUUUGGUAAUAAAUAUGGGUGUGAUGUAUUUCUGCAGGUAAUUUCUCUACAUUAUAAAAUCUUGCAAACUUUUUCUAAACGAUUCAACUCUACAGAUAAAUUUUCACAUCGUAACAACUCUACAGAAGAUUUCUUCCGAUAUUUUCAUCCUUACAUGAGAUGGAACAUCUCUCGUAUUAAAAAUUUUAAAAGAAAUAAACUCUACAGCGAUCAUUUUUACAUGGCGCUAAAUUUAAACAUUAGAAUAUUUGUUUUUACAUUUUUUCAUAUAUUUUAUAUGUUUCGGGAUGAGCCAUCAGUUUUGUAAUAUUUAAAUAAUUUAAUUUCACUUUCAUUAAUUGUUUCUUAUGUAUAGUUAACCUACACGGAGAAAAAUAUCAAGUGAAUAUGCCUAUGCAGCACAGUAAUAUUUACAUUACUCUAUAGUUUGUGUACAAGAGCGGUAGGACACAAACUAUAGAGUAUUCAUUUGAUAUUUUUUCCGUGUACUUUAUUAAUAAAGAGUAAAAACAAAAAUUCUAUUUUUUAAAUUUAGCGCCAUAUAAAAAUGAUCGCUCUAGAGGUAAUUUCUGUAGAGUUUAUCUCUGUAAAAAUUUUUAAUAAGAAAGAUGUUCUGACGUAGAGAUGGAACGAUGUGAAAAUAAUCUUCUGUAGAGUUGUUGCGAUGUUAGAAUUUAUCUGUUGAGUUAAAUCGCCUAGGGAAAAACUUUGUGAAGUUUUAUAAUGUAAAGAAAUUUUCUGUAGGAAUACACACCGCACCCAAUAAAUAUACAUUAUUUGGUUAUUUAUAUUCAGUAUUUUUGAUAAUUACUUUAUUUAAUCAUGUUAUUAAAUUAUAAAAAAAAAAAUCAUUCAAUUUUUCUCAGAGCCAUUAAUUUUAUCCGACAACUUUGAUAAAUUAUAAUUAUUGCUAAAAAAAAAUAUUUUUUCACCUCUGAUUGAUGCCACUGCUUUUUAUUAUUAUUACUAUUAUUUUUAUCAUAAUUACUAUUAUUAUUAUUACUAUCAUAAUUAUAAUUUACUUUGGUAUCAUUACAUUAAGAUUAUUUUUAUUUAUAGUUUUAAUUUAUAUACUAGUAGUUUUUUUUACACAAAUCCAUAACAAAAAAAUCACUUAUCAUUUAAUUAAUCAAAUUAAAAAUUAUAAUUUGAUAAGGAGAAUAUUAUUUAUACAUAAGUAUUAUUAGUAAAUGAUUAAAAGUUAAUUAUCUCACGUAUUUUUUUUAAUUUCUAUUGUCUGCAGCUAUUCAUCAAAGAACACCCUUUACGACCUCAACUGUUGAUUCCUUAUAAUCCUACACCAAUUUUUUAUUUCUACUUAAAUUCAUUAUUAUAAUUUAUAUACUCAUUCCUGUAUUUUAAUAAAUUUUUUUUAUUUCAAGA